CUGAUGUAUUUGGCCUCAUUUUAAAUAGGUUAUCUAAUGCAUUUAAUACAGUUAUGUGUGAAAUCUGUUGCAGCUUUACCCCUCGAGCACUGAGGUGGAUGCAGACAAUGAUCUUUGCUGUGAGAGAAAUAAACCAGCGGCAAGACCUUUUGCCAAACCUAUCUCUGGGCUACCACAUCAGGGACAGCGGUGAUGACAUACCUGUAUCUGUAAAGAGGUCUCUUCUCUUGGUCAAUGGACAGCCAGAGAGGGGCAGUGGACAAAGCUGUGAAGACACACAAAAGCAGCCGAGCCCUGUAAUUGUGGGAGAGGCAUCAUCAGGAGUCUCCAUGGCUGUUCUGAGAACUCUAGGCUCAUUCAAAAUACCUUUAGUGAGCUACUUUGCAUCCUGUUCCUGUCUCAGUAACAAGAGAGAGUUUCCAGCAUUCAUGCGGACAAUGCCAAGUGAUCUAUUUCAGAUUAAAGCUUUAGUAAAACUUGUUCAUUAUUUUCAAUGGACAUGGGUCGGGGUGAUUGGUGUGGAUACAGACUAUGCUCGAUUUGCCAUCCAGCUCUUCCUGAAAGAGUCAGAAAGAUUUAAUAUUUGUCCUGCUUAUGUUCGCAUUUAUCCUGUUGCAUUGACGCAAGAUGCAGCGGAGGAAAUUGUGAACAUUUUAAAAUCUUCUUCUGCCACAGUCAUAAUUAACUUCUCUGUGGACUCAUAUCUGCAUGGUAUCCUGAAAGAGUGCAGACAGCAAAAUCUCACACAUCUUCAGUGGAUUGCCAGUGAGGCCUGGGCCACAUCAAAAGUCCUCUGGGAGGAUUUUGAUGAUCUGUUAAAGGGAACAUUGGGGUUUGCCAUACGGAGAGCUGAUAUCCCACAUCUUGGCAGUUACCUCAGAAGAGUAAAUGUUUCUGUUGCGCAGAUGUCCAAUUUUCUUUCUGAGUUUUGGGAAGAGACUUUUCAUUGUCGGCUGAAUGGGUCCUUAAACACCCAUGUACAUGGAGAAGGUGUACAGAACUGGCCACCCUGCAAUGGCAGUGAGAGUUUGGAUGAUGUGUACACUCUUUAUUCUGAUGUGUCACAACUAAGAGUGUCCUACAACGUUUAUAAGGCUGUGUAUCUAAUUGCACAUGCAUUACAUGACAUGAGCAUAUGUGUCCCAGGAAAGGGCCCCUUUCAGAAUGGGACAUGUGGGAGUCUGUAUCAAAUUCUGCCAUGGCAGGUGUAUGUCUACUUUACAUUCUCUGCCUAUAUAUAAUUAUGUAUUUAAUGUGUGUAUUUAAU